AAUAGUCUUUAAUAUUUUCCAAACUCCAAAAGUUCUAUUUCCUUUAAACUUUCAUGUCAAACUAUGAGUGCAAUGUCAUGCAAAGAAUAAUAGCUGUGUGUCAGACCUGUUUGGUGGGUUUUUUAACUAUAAGAACACUCGCUUGACAGUAAAUCCUGUCAGACUGGAGUGAGGGAUCGGACAUUUCACAUUCAUAACCAUGGCCCGCUGGUCCCUGUGUGUGUUUCUGCUGCUGUUGUCCUGUGAUGUGACCUUGAUGAAGAAAAAGAAAAAAGUCCAGACUCUCUCAAGAGGCUGGGGUGAUGACAUCACCUGGGUGCAGACAUAUGAGGAAGGGCUGACGAAAAUGAAGGAGAGUAACAAGCCACUGAUGGUAAUUCAUCACUCAGAGGAGUGCCAAUAUAGUCAAGCUCUCAAAAAGGCUUUUGUGGAGAACAAAUCCAUCCAGAAAAUGGCCAAAGAAGAUUUCAUCAUGCUCAAUUUAGUGCAUGAAACGACAGAUGCUAAUAUGGCUCCUGACGGCUAUUACGUUCCCAGAAUUCUUUUUGUUGAUCCCUCGAUGACCGUGCGCAACGACAUCACUAGCAAGUACACCAACCGCAAGUUUGCUUAUGGACCUGAGGACAUGGAUUUCUUGGAGGAGAACAUGGUAAAAGCCAAGAAGUUAUAUCACACAGAGCUGUAGUGAGAUCAGAGCUGAUCACACAGGAGAAUGGCAGAUGGAUGAAAAGAUCUGAGACUGAAGUGUUUGUUAUACUAACAGACAUUUCAUGCAUCACACGGAAAAUGAGACAAACACUUUGAGUGUAUGUUGAAAUUGGGAUUGAAUGUGUUCAUGCGUUUUAGCGUUCCUGGCAAGUAAAAAUAACUGAAUACAGUUAUAAACAGUC